AUGCCCGAGAUUGACAAGCGCGCCGCCGCGCAGCAGGCCGUCGACAUUCUACACGAGAUUUCUACCAUUCUCAACUGCCACCUCGAUCGCAAAACGGUGUCCAUUUGCGUCGCGCUGAUCGAGCAGGGCGUGAACCCGGAAGCACUGGCGCAAGUCAUCAGGGAACUCCGCCAGGAGGCACAGCUCGUUGAGCAGGACAUGGAGCGUCAAUGA